GGGGCGACACUUCCAGCCUGCAAGAGGCCCCUCUGCACCAUGCCGAGUCUGCUGCUCCCAGCGCUGCUCCCUCUGCUGCUGCUGCUGGCCCGGCCACUCACCGUGAGGCCAGCACCCCCGACCUGCUACUCCCGGAUGCUGGCCCUGAGCAGGGAGAUCACGGGCCUGUCAGAGGGUCUGCAGGCGGCGGAGUCUCAGGAGCCUUGUGUAAGCUACCUUCCCCGGCUGUACCUGGACAUACAUAAUUACUGUGUGCUGGCCAGGCUGAGGGACUUCGUGGGGACGCCACCGUGCUGGCACGUGGAUGUGGUCGACUCCCUGCGGAACAAAGCACGGAAGCUGUACACCAUCAUGACCACCUACUGCAGAAGGGACCUGGUCUUCCUAUCAGAUGACUGCAGUGCCUUGGACUCCCCGCCCCCUGUGACCACCAUCCCCCCUGAAGAUCAUCGCUGAGGCCAAGAAGCACCCCACCAUGGCACCCCAUCCCUUCCCUCUCUGCCUGAUCUCCUUCCUAGAAACCCACUUCCUUUGCCUUUACUUCUCCUGGGCCUGGCCUAGAUGCUGGGAACCCAGCAUGCAGGACAACGGUCAAUGCUUUCUGGUGAACCCCUGCCCUGAAAUGUGUGUGAAAACCCCCUCCAGUCCCCUUAUGUGGG